AUAGGAAGAGCGUAGCUGGGCGAGGGCGGCUGCUUCCUGGAGACCACAGGUGUGGAAGCGAGCGCCGCGCCUCCAGUCCCACGGGCUUCUGAAGCCAGCAGGAUGAAUGUAGGGGUGGCACACAGCGAAGUGAACCCCAACACUCGAGUGAUGAAUAGCCGAGGCAUCUGGCUGGCCUACGUCAUCUUGGUAGGACUGCUGCAUGUGGUUCUACUCAGCAUCCCCUUCUUCAGCAUUCCUGUUGUCUGGACCCUGACCAACGUCAUCCAUAACUUGGCUAUGUAUGUCUUCUUACAUACGGUGAAAGGGACACCCUUUGAGACCCCUGAUCAAGGAAAGGCUCGGCUACUGACACACUGGGAACAGAUGGACUACGGGCUCCAGUUUACCUCUUCCCGCAAAUUCCUCAGCAUUUCUCCUAUUGUACUCUACCUCCUAGCCAGCUUCUACACCAAGUAUGAUGCUGCUCACUUCCUCAUCAAUACAGCCUCAUUUCUCAGUGUACUGCUGCCUAAGUUACCCCAGUUCCAUGGGGUUCGUCUCUUUGGUAUCAACAAAUACUGAGGGAUGGGGCUGGGGAGGACACUGGACCCAAGGGCUGUAACAUCCUUUCCUUCUCCAUACUGUCUUCUGUAUCUUGAAAGCCUUACAACUAUGCAACCUUUCCUAAACUCCCAGGAAGAGAACAGAUAGGAAAAUGGGGCUCCCUGGGCCCAGCCCUGUAUACAGCAGGUUUCUUUGAAUCAGGAAAGGUGGGAAAGAUAUGGGCCAAAUCACUCUCUUCCACAGCAGGAAGCCAUAUUUGGGCAGCUUGUUUGGUGAUUAAGUUUUUCCAGAUCUUCCACUCCCACUACCUUCCAGCUCUGUUUCUGCUGUAUAUUUUCCUUAUAAUAAAGAUAAUUUUUUUCAGAUA